AUGCCUACCGCCGUCGAUAUCGUCACGCUCGAUAAUUUCGAGGACAAGCUCCCAAAGUGGAGUCCCGACGACAUCAGCUAUCUGCACGCACUUGUCGAUAUGGGCAGCAAUGGGAUUCGGUUCACGAUCUCUGACCUGGCGCCGCCUUAUACGCGCCUGCUGCGCUGCGUAUAUCGCGAGCGCGCAGGCAUCUCGCUCUUCGAUGCGCUGACCGCCAAGGGAGAGCAGCCCUCUAGCAGUGAUGGCAGUCCACAGCAGCCAGCACUCAGUCUCCCCAAAGAUACCAUUCGGGACGUUGCCAACACGCUUGCCCGCUUCCAGCGCAUAGCCCUCGACUUCGGUGUCCGCCCAGACCACAUGGCUGUAUUUGCGACCGAAGCCAUGCGCCGAGCCAGCAACGCCGCCGAACUACUGGACUCCAUCGGCGACAAAGCCCCCGGCCUGACCGUCCACGUGUUGGCGCCCGAGGUCGAGACGCUGUUUGGCUCCGCGGGUGCGCGUGCCGGGUUUGCGUCCGUCGAAGGCGGCCUCAUGUUGGAUCUGGGCGGCGGCAGCGUGCAGAUAUCGUAUGUGGACUCGCGGCUGGGCGCUGGCUACGAGACUAUGGCAGCACGUACUGGCCAGAGCAUGCCCUACGGGGCUGCACGACUGACGCGGCUGGUAGUUGAGAGCCUGCCGACGGAGACGACGACGACAGCGACUUUGAUGAUGACGCCAGAGGCCAAGGCAAAGGCCGAGUCCGAGGCCACCGCUGCUGUGGCCCCUGCCUUGGCUGAUGAUUUGACGGCCGCAUUGGCCCGUCUGCAGGAGCAGUUUUCCGAUCGAGCAGCAGCUGCCUCUGCCAAGGGCUCGAGCAGCAUUGAUGUCUACCUCUGCGGCGGCGGCUUUCGUGGCUAUGGCAGCAUGUUGAUGCACAACGAUCCUGUGCAGCCGUACCCGAUUCCGAUCAUGGCCGGCUACACGGUGUCGGGCGCUCUCUUCGGCGAGACACAACGCAUGCGCCACAUCAAUCACGCCGAGGAGGGCAAAAUCUUCGGCUUGUCCAAGCGGCGCCGCCAGCAGUUUGGCGCCAUCGCCACUGUCGUGGACGCGCUCAUCACCGCUCUUGCGCGCUCUCACCUGAACAUCCGCACUGUCACAUUCUGUGCCGGUGGCAACCGUGAAGGCGCCUUGAUGCUGCGGCUCCCGCCGUCUAUUCGCGAGACCGAUCCGCUGGUCCUGUUGGCAGGCCCAUCCGCCGCCACUACCGCCAUUGCCGAUAAACUACGAUCUGCCCUCCCUGCAGCAGCAUCCAGCGAACUGCUGUUGUCGCUUCUACCAAUCAUAGCAUCCCGCAUCUGGGAGCGCGGCGGUAUAGACGCCGCCUCGAACGCCGCCGCCUCGCUUCACGACGCUGUACACCGCGAUCCAGCCACACCUGGACUUCCACACCAUGCACGCGCCGUGUUGGCCAUUAGCCUGUGGGCGCGAUGGGGCGGCAGCGUGGCGCCAACAGACACCAAGCUCCUAGACGGACUACGACAUUUGUUGGGCGACGGCAGAGGCAGCAAGAGUCACGAUGCUGCCGGCCUUGCAGACGACGCAUUCUGGGCAGAGUAUGUGGGUGGCGUUGCGGCAGUGCUGGCGCUCCUUUUCCCGGCAGGACCACCAAGUGCAGACGCCCUGAGUUCCGCUUUAUUGAGCGUAUCCGUGGGCAAGACGCCCUCGGGCAAGAAAAACGCCAUUGCUCUUCAUGUUGCCGUGUCAAGCAGUCGGUCCAUAGGAUUAGACUUAGCCUCUGCGGUGGAAGACUGUUUCGGCGCAGUGGGCAAGCAGCACAAGAAGAGCAUCAAGCUAAGUACUAGUCCACAACCACGAGCGCCUAUCGAAGACGCGGCGACGAUGGACGGCUACGAGUACUCGUACGCCCUACUGCAGCUCAAGCUUAUUCGCUCAGAGGCCGCUUGGCCACAAGCAGCGGGUCGGGCGGUGCUGGGAGGAUCUAGAGGUGUGGACGACGGCAAGGGAGGAUGGCAGCAGUCCGUCCCGUUAAUCUUACAGCAAGCCGGACCGUCAUCAGCCUCACCAAGAGCCCCAGGCGUCUAG